AUGCGACGCAGCGGGGUGGACGCGAGCGCGGGCGUGCUUGUCAAGUGCGAUCCGCCGACGAAGCAGUACCUCAAACACCUCAACGCGGUGCCUGGGCAGAAAAAGUUUAUCAUCCAAGACCUUGACGAAACACACCUCUUCAUCGAUCCGAGCCCCGUCGUGAUGGAGUUCAUCAAGAAGAAGAUCGACGAGUGGAACGACGCCAACACGUACCAGCCGCCCACCAACUAA